AGUGGGGUGGAGAUCCUGGCCAACCGGCCCUACAGCGACGGCCCCGGCGGCAGCGGCCAGUACACCCACAAGAUCUACCACGUGGGCUCCCACAUCCCCAGCUGGUUUCGGGCGCUGCUCCCCAAGGCCGCGUUGCAGGUGGAAGAGGAGUCCUGGAACGCCUACCCCUACACCCGCACCAGGUACACCUGCCCCUUCGUGGAGAAGUUCUCCAUCGAGAUUGAGACGUACUACCGGCCGGACGCGGGCCAGCAGACCAACGUCUUCAACCUGAGCGCGGCUGAGAGGGCCGCCGCAAGGCUGGCUCGCGGUGCCGGGCAGGGCCCGAAGCCCGGCGGCCCCCCCCGCCGGGCCGCCGGCGGGCCCCUGAUGUGCGCCUACAAGCUCUGCAAGGUGGAGUUUCGCUACUGGGGGAUGCAGUCCAAAAUCGAGCAGUUCAUCCACGACGUGGGUUUGCGGAAGGUGAUGCUGCGCGCCCACCGCCAGGCUUGGUGCUGGCAGGACGAGUGGGCGGACCUGACGAUGGAGGACAUCCGGCAGCUGGAGGAGGAGACGGCGCGGAUGCUGGCGCAGAAGAUGGCCAAGUGCGGCGAGGCCGAGGAGCCCCCCAUCGCCGGGCCCAGCCCCGAGGGGCGGCCGGAGCCGGGGGGUGCCGACGGGCAGGAGGGGGCCGAGGUGCAGGGGGUGGCCGAUGCCUCCCCUGACGACGCCUUUGCCAAGCAGUGGUCCACCUCUUCCCGCUCCUCCUACUCUUCCCAGCACGGAGGUGAGAGACCAGGUCCUGCGUGGAGCACGGAGCCCAUCUCCCCCGAGCUGUGCGGCGGCAGGGACCCUCUGGCCGACGGGGCGGACGGAGCAGCGGGGUCAGGCCAGGCCAGCCCCGAGCCGGGGGCACAGCCGCCCUGCCGGGAGCAGGGGGACAGCCACCAUCACAGCGCCUCGUGCAGCCCGCAGGGCAGCGAGGCCCCGCUGGAGGCAGAGGCACCGCGGAGCGGCACCGCAGCGCUGGACGGGGUGGAGGGCGCCGGCACCCACCUUGACUUUAAGGUAUCCGGCUUCUUCCUCUUUCGGAACGUGACGGCCAACCACCGGGCCAGCGACGUCAUCGUGUGCGAGGGCAAAGCGCAGGUCCUCAGCGGGCGCUUCAUGUACGGACCCCUGGACGUGGUGACACUGACUGGGGAGAAGGUGGACAUCUACAUCAUGACGCAGCCGCUGUCAGGGAAGUGGCUGUACUACGGCACCGAGGUGACGAGCGGCAGCGGGCGCCUGACCUUCACCAUCCCUCCGGACAAGGCUCUGGCCAUCGGUAUCUACCCCGUGCGCAUGGUGGUCAGGGGGGACCAUAGCUAUGCCGAGGCGUACCUGACGGUGGUGGCCCGGGGCACCGAGUCGGUCGUGUUCAGCAUCGACGGCUCCUUCACUGCCAGCGUCUCCAUCAUGGGCAGCGACCCCAAAGUGCGGGCGGGGGCCGUCGACGUUGUACGGCACUGGCAGGACUCGGGCUACAUGAUCAUCUACGUGACGGGGCGCCCCGACAUGCAGAAGCACAGUGUGGGGGCCUGGCUCUCCCCACCAGUCAUUUACCAGCUAUUACACAUCCGUGAGGGGGGCAGUGCUUACCACAGCAAGUAA